AUGAAGCGUCACCUGCGUCGGAGUGCAAUAUCUAAACACUCGACACCUCGGCAAAUACAUGCACUCGUGCGUCAAUAUCGCAAUCGAAGUAUACGUGCACCUACAGGCAAACACAUCUCACUGCAGCAAUCCGGACUCUCUGAUGGUGCGAAACUGCGCUUUCGGCAUAUUCCGCUAGUCCAUCCGCCCAUACAGGCUCAAUGUCGAUACGCGCAUCGCCAGAGCAGGCUCGGGAUAUGUCUUGGCUCCCCCACGCAAGCGGGUAUUUGA